AUGAGUUUGGGAGGAGGUCACAAUACAGACGGAUCAAAUGCAGGAGGAAUAUUUGUUCAAUUCAAUCAAGAUUGCACAUCAUUGGUUGCUGGAAGCAGUAGCGGUUACCACUUGUUUGCUUUAACACCUGACGAUGGAGUGGAGGAGAUUUAUGCAAGUCGCUCAGGGCAGGACACCUGUCUUGUGGACCGGCUAUUUAGCAGCUCCCUUGUGGCGAUUGUUACAGUUGCAGCCCCCAGAAAGCUGAUCGUUUGCCAUUACAAGAAGGGAACGGAGAUUUGCAACUACAGCUAUAGCAACACCAUACUCGCCGUGAAGCUCAACCGAUCCCGGCUGAUCGUGUGCCUCGAGGAGUCGCUGCACAUCCACAACAUACGCGACAUGAAGAUCCUGCACACGAUCCGCGACACGCCGCCCAACCCGCGCGGGCUGUGCGCCCUCUCGCCGAGCGUGGAGCGCUGCUACGUCGCCUACCCCGGCUCCAGCGCGGUGGGUGAGGUGCAGAUCUUCGACGCGGUGCAUCUCAACGCCAAGUGCGUGCUCAGCGCCCACGACAGCCCCUUAGCGGCACUAGCGUGGUCGAUGUGCGGCCGCCGCCUAGCGACCGCCUCCGAGCGGGGCACGGUCAUCAGGGUCUUCGCCGUUCCGGAGCGCACUCGGCUCUACGAGUUCAGGCGCGGCGUCAAGCGCUGCGUCAGCAUCGGCUGUCUGGCGUUCAGCGCCUGCGGGCAGCUGCUCGCCGCCACGUCCAACACGGAGACGGUGCACGUGUUCCGUCUGGGCGAGGCGCCGCCGGCGGACAGCGAGCCAGCCGAGGGCUGGAUGGGCUGGCUGUCGCAGGCGGUGACGGCGGGCGCUGGCUACCUGCCGGGCGCGGUGGCCGAUGUGCUGGCUCAGGGGCGCGCCUUCGCCGCGGCGCGCCUGCCCGCUUCGGGCCACCGCGCCGUCGUCGCCAUCACCAACGUGGCGAAGGGGGCGGGCGGCGGCGCCGGGGGGGCCCGCCUGCUCGUGGCCACGUCGGCCGGCGUGCUCUACGUGUACGCGCUGCACGCCGCCGAGGGCGGGGACUGCACGCUGCUGCGCACGCACGCGCUGCUCGAGCGCGCCCACGACGCCCACGACGCCCACGACUCCCACGACGCGCACGACGCCCACCAAGGUACGCCAACGCCCACGCCCACGCCCACGCCCAACGCGCGCGCCCCCUUUGCACGUGUGACG